AUGGCAUGUGCACCUAUGCACAAUCUUGCUCCUCUAGUUGCAGUGGCAGCAGUCUUCUUCUCGCUGACAGCAUUAGCCGAUGAAUCCGACACCAGCCGGGAGGCUCUCCUUUGCCUCAAAUCUCACCUGUCAAGCCCAAACGGAGCUGCCGCCUUCGCCACAUGGAACAGCACCUCGCCGGACUUCUGCUCCUGGAACGGCGUCACCUGCUCCAACCAGUCCCAGUCCCAGCCUCGCGUGGUGGUGGCGCUGGACAUCGAGGCGCAGGGCCUCGCCGGAGAGAUCCCGGCGUGCAUAGCCAACCUCUCCUCCCUUGCGAGAAUCCACCUGCCAAGCAAUGGCCUUUCCGGCGGCAUCACGCCGGAGCUUGGCCGGCUGGCCGAGCUCCGGUACCUCAACCUCAGCUUCAACGGGAUCGGCGGCGAGAUCCCACCCGGCCUCGGUACGCUUCGCAGACUUCUGUCCCUAGACUUGAGCAGCAACAACCUUCAUGGUGAGAUUCCAUUGCUGCUGGCAAAUGCGUCCUCACUUCGCUAUCUUUCCCUGAAGAACAAUAGCCUCUCUGGGAGCAUUCCUGCUGCACUUCUGAACAGCUUCACUGUCAGAGAAAUAUACCUUCGGAAGAACAAUCUUUCUGGUUCAAUUCCACCCGUCACACGGUUCAAUUCACAGAUCACCUAUCUUGAUCUCACAGGAAAUAGCCUGUCAGGAAGCAUACCACCAUCCUUAGGAAAUCUCUCGUCGCUUACAGCACUUUUAGCUGCACAAAACCAGUUGAAGGGUAGCAUACCUGAUUUCAGUAAACUGUCUGUCCUGCAAUUUCUUGACCUCUCCUACAAUGGUCUCUCUGGAACUGUGCAUCCCUCGGUUUACAACUUGUCGUCGAUCAGUUUUCUCGGUUUGGCCAACAACAAUCUUAAGGGGUCAUUACCUCCUGAUCUAGGAAACACACUUCGCAACAUCCAAGUGCUCAUGAUGUCUACCAAUCAUUUUGUGGGAGAAAUCCCUGGAUCUCUGGCAAAUGCGUCCAGCAUGCAAUUCCUGUAUCUGGCCGACAACUCUUUGACAGGGCUCAUACCUUCUUUCAGCUUGAUGUCAGAUUUGCAGGUUCUCAUGUUGUACUCAAACCAGUUGGAAGCUGGAGACUGGACGUUUCUGUCCUCGUUGAAAAAUUGUUCCAAACUUCUGAAACUGAACUUUGGUGAAAAUAACUUACGUGGGGACUUGCCUAGAUCUGUCGCUGACCUGCCGAAAACAUUAAAUUCACUCGUUCUCCAGUCAAAUUACAUAUCUGGCACCAUCCCCUUGGAGAUUCGAAACCUAUCUAGAAUAUCCCUACUUUAUCUCGAUAAAAAUCUGCUGACAGGGAGCAUACCUCAUACUCUUGGCCAACUAAACAAUCUUGUUGUCCUUAGCCUUUCACAGAACAAAUUUUCUGGAGAAAUACCACAAUCCAUCGGUAACUUGAGUCAGUUGGCUGAACUUUAUUUAUCAGAUAAUCAGCUGAGUGGAAGCAUACCUACAAGUUUAGCAAGGUGCCAACAAUUGUUGGCAUUGAACCUUUCAUGUAAUGCCCUUACUGGAAGCAUAAACGGAGACAUGUUUCGCAAGCUGAGUCAAUUGAGUUGGCUACUUGACUUAUCACACAACCAAUUCACAAACUCCAUACCACUAGAACUUGGUAGCCUGAUAAAUCUUGCUUCUUUGAACAUCUCCCACAACAAACUCACAGGCAAGAUCCCAUCUUCACUUGGUGCUUGUGUCCGGUUGGAAUCACUUCGUGUUGGAGGCAACCUCCUAGAAGGAAGUAUUCCUCAAUCAUUAGCAAACAUCAGAGGCACAAAAGUUCUAGAUUUCUCCCAGAACAAUUUGUCUGGUGCAAUACCGGAUUUCUUUGGGACUUUCACCUCAUUACAGUAUCUAAAUAUGUCAUACAACAACUUUGAGGGACCAGUUCCCGUAGGAGGAAUUUUUGCUGACAGAGAUAAGUUUUUUGUCCAAGGAAAUCCACACCUAUGCACCAAUGUUCCAAUGGAAGAGUUGAAUAUGUGCUAUGAUUCAUCAUCUAAAAGAAAGCACAAGAUCAUUAUUCCAAUGUUGGCAGUUUUGUCAUCUUUUGUCGCACUUUCAUCAAUCCUUGGAUUGUAUUUCUUGAUCAUUAAUGUUUUGCGAAGGAGGUGGAAAUCCAAUAAGUACACAGAUCCCUCCUACAUGGAGCUGAAAAAGAUUACAUAUAGUGAUGUGAGCAGAGCAACAAAUAACUUUUCUGCAGCCAACAUAGUCGGCUCUGGGCAUUUCGGGACAGUCUAUAGUGGUAGAUUAGAUGCAAAAGACACUAGGGUUGCAUUUAAGGUGUUCAAGCUUGAUCAAUGUGGUGCAUUGGAUAGCUUUAUGGCAGAGUGCAAAGCCUUGAAAAAUAUCCGUCACCGCAAUCUUGUCAAGGUGAUAACUGCAUGCUCAACUUAUGAUCCUAUGGGCAAUGAGUUCAAGGCUCUAGUAUUUGAAUAUAUGGCCAAUGGUAGCCUUCAAAGCCGACUUCAUAGAAAGUUUGACCGAUGCAGUGACUUGACUUUGGGAGCAAGGAUUAACAUAGCAGCCGAUAUUGCUUCUGCUCUAGAGUAUCUUCAUAACCAAUGCAUCCCACCAGUUGUUCACUGCGAUUUGAAGCCAAGCAAUGUACUUUUCAACAGUGAUGAUGUUGCAUGUGUCUGUGACUUUGGGCUAGCAAAGUCACUUCGUGCUUAUUCAUCUGGAGCUCAAAGUGAUUCAAAAAGCAUGGUUGGACCAAGGGGGUCAAUUGGGUACAUAGCUCCUGAGUAUGGCAUGGGCAGUAAAAUAUCAGCUGAGGGUGAUGUCUAUAGUUAUGGCAUUAUUCUUCUGGAAAUGCUAACAGGAAGAAACCCUACCGAUGAAAUGUUUACUGAUGGCUUCACACUCCGCAUGUAUGUUAAUGCAUCAGUUUCAAAUAUUAAAGACGUACUUGACCCCAGACUUACUCCAGAAAUCAUGGAGCAAUCUUCUAAUCAUACCCUGGGAACGCAUGAACACAAGACAAGUAUAAUGGAUGUCUGUGCUCUACAACUCCUUAAACUUGGCCUUCUAUGCUCUGAAGAAUCCCCAAAAGAUCGUCCAGUAAUACAUGAUAUAUAUAGCGAAGUAAUGUCAAUAAAAGAAGCAUUUUUUGCCAUGAGUUUUUGACGAACACAAGUGUAACGCUGAAGUAUGAAGCAUAGUAACGAAUUGGUGUCUACAGUAUGCCCAAUUUGCCUGCAGAAGUUUAUUCACUGGAGGAGUAAUGUACUCAUGUUUUUAGUGCUACAACACAAUAUAUGAACAACAUGUUAUUUCAACCGUUUCCGGAAAUAUAUAUGUCAUGUAAUAAAAUUCCCCGUAUAAUUCUUUGUACUACAGUUCAAUUGUGUGUUGCCGAACUGCUAAGAAUUUCUAGUAAAAGGUACACCUGGACUCCACACGAAUUAAGAAAAUAUCACAAAUUAUUGUGUUAUUUUUGUGAUUCAGGGGCAAACUUAGGGUUUUAGUAAGGAUUCAUCCCAUUCGGGCAAAAUCUGAAGAAUGGCUGAAAGACAUGUAUAUGGAAGGAGAUAGAGAGGAAAUGAAGUUUCAAUAUACACUGGAA